AUGGACGCUAUAGCCUCACCUCCACGCCGCACGGCUCCCGUCGUCCCUCUACGAGACGACACAUUACUCUUGCGAAGCGUAGGCUUGCUGGAAUUUCUGCACAAAGACCCCCGGCCUGCAUUUGUUGUCGAUGCGACGCCCACUAGUCUCCAUGUCGCCAAUGGCCAUGUGCUGGAUUACUGGAAUUCGGCCAUGGCUGAUGUUGAUGCUGGCAGCCUGUUACAACAGCUAGCUCGUCAGAGCAGUAUACCCGAAAAUGAUGAGAGCAUUUGCGCACCGCUUAGGCGAUUCCGAAGCUGGUAUUUGGAAAAAGACGCGUCAAGCCAACCGUUUCUCUUCUAUGGUUUUAGCUGGACAAGGGUCCAUGUCGCGAACCGUUGGAAUGUUAUUAACGGUGUCCAUGCUAUCAACUAUACAGGUAGCAACAAGCCUGAGAUGAGCCUCGCCAGGACAAUUCCUAGCCCAAAGGCCCCGAGUUUCGACUGGACAGAUGAGAUACCUCCAAAACGACUGUCGGCUCAUGCGUCAUGGGCGCGAAGUAUUGACUGGGCAUCUACUCCACUGGGCCCAAUGCACUCCUGGUCGCCACAACUCCGCAGUAUUUGCAAUCUGGUUAUGAAAGACCCGCAGCCUGCCGUAGUGUUUUACGGGCCUGAUCUCAUCAUGAUUUAUAAUGAAGCAGAGAUUGAGCUUCUAGGAGGAUUCCAUCCAUGUAUGGGAGUCAGUGCUCGCGUUGCACUUGCCUCGGUUUGGGGCGAAUACUUCGAACCCAUUAUCGACAAAAAUCUCGCAGGGGAAACUGUCCAGAAAACGAACACUGUCAUUCACAUGGUGCGCAAUGGCUUCAUGGAGGAAACCUACUUUUCACUCAAGUUCAUCCCGGUAUUGGACUCUGAUGGUGCGACGAUUGGCCAUUACGAACCUCUGGUGGAAACCACUGAAGAAGUAAUUGCCCAAAGACGUUCGCGUAUACUUCUCGAACUAAGUGAAGAAAUUCCGAGAGCACGCAACUCUGACAUGUACUGGAAUGUUGCCACUGAAGUCUUGUCGCGAAACGAGAAAGACAUACCUUUUGUCCUUUUAUACUCAGCCGAGGCUGAUUCCACUGGCUCGGCAUCCAGCAGAACUCGAUUUUCCGAUACAAACCAACAACACUGCAGGCUUCGAGGCUCCUUUGGACUCCCCAAAGAAUCACCAGCUGGUCCCGACCACCUCGACUUUCAGCAUGACCACGGAUUCACACCAUAUUUCCGAAAAGCUCUCGUAGCUCGAAAACCGAUUGUAGUCCAGUUUGAUCAAGAUCCAGUUGCCGCAGAACUAGUCCAGGGCGUAGAGUGGCGGGGCUUUGGAGAUCCAUGUAGAGCAGCAGCCAUCUGUCCCUUGAACCCAACAUCCUCUCGAGACAACAUUCUUGGCUUCUUAGUUAUUGGACUGAAUCCUCGGAGGCCUUAUAACGAGACGUAUUUCCAGUUCAUCCAGGUCGCCAGUCGCUUGCUUUCCACGUCUCUCACAUCCAUUCUGCUUCAUGAAGAAGACAUUUGGCGUCGCGAACAGACCAUAGCUAUGGCGGAAGCGAUGAAAUCCCAAUUGAGACAACAGCUCACGCAAUCCCAGCUGGAAUCGGAACGUAACCUCGCCAAAUUCAAGCGGUUUGCGGAGCGCGCCGAUGUUGGGAUUUUUCUCAUCGGCAUAGAUGGUAUUUACUCGUAUAGGAACGAGGCUUGGUACGAGAUGCUAGCCCCCAAAGAUCGUGAUAUUGAGCUUCACGAUGCCUGGACUGAGAUAGUAGACGAUGAAUACAUUGAAAUGGGGCAAGCAAAGUACAGGCAACUUAUCGAGUUUAAAGAGCACCAAUCUUUUGAAUUACGCCUGAAGAGGAGUUGGAAUGCGCCAAGCCAAAAUCCAGACGAUGCAUUACCUGAGAAACAGCCCAUGUGGGUGUUGACGUCCAUUUUUCCGGAGCUCAACGAGGAAGGCGAAGUGAUUGAGAUUAUUGGAUGCUACACAGAUAUCAGGUACGAAUCCCGUCAAGAUUUGAGUUUGGAGAACUUUAUCGACACUACAUCGCAUGAGAUGCGCAAUCCUCUAUCCGCGAUAGUUCAGUGCGCUGACAGCAUCAUUUCAACUCACAGGAGUUUUGGCGAGUCGUCAGACUAUCAAAAAGUCUAUCAAAGCAUAUUGGAAACAACGAUUGAUGCUGCGGAAACCAUUGUCCAGUGCUCAAAGCACAUGAAAACUAUCGUUGAUGAUGUGCUUACGAUAUCCAAACUUGAUUCUGGCUUGUUCGUCAUGACGCCAGUUGACGUGCAGCUCGAGUCAAUUGCAAGAGAUGCAGUCAAGAUGUUUGAAGGAGAGGCCAAGUCAGCCGGCAUAGACUUGAAGUUCCAGAUUGAAGAGUCGUGCAAAAUCAGCGACGUUCAACAUGUUUCGCUGGAUCCAACACGUGUUUUGCAGAUACUCAUUAAUCUCAUCACAAAUGCCAUCAAGUUCACACGAUUAGAACACACGCGCAAAAUUUGCGUCAGCCUAGGUCUAGCUCACGAGCGUCCGACACGCAGUACCAGCGGUAAUGUGACCUUUUCGCGCACGUCUGAAGCUUCAGAAGCACAAACACUGCAAGCAGAUUGGGACAAUGGUGACAUAGUGUACAUCAUAUUCUCUGUGCAGGACACUGGUCGUGGGCUUAGCGACGAAGAACAUGAGCUGCUCUUUGCUCGCUUUUCGCAAGCAUCGCCGCGCACACAUAUCGACUAUGGUGGUUCUGGGCUUGGUCUUUUCAUUUCACGGCGUCUCUCUGAAAUGCACGGCGGGGCCAUUGGGUUUGCGUCCAAAGCAGGCGUCGGCAGCACGUUUUCUUUCUAUGUCAAGAGCCGCAAGGGCGUGGGCCGCCCCAACGUGAACCGGAGCGAAAGCGACGCUGCAGUCAGCGUGAGCAUACGUGCGCAGGAAACACUACUCUCGAGUCGGAGCCGGAACGAAGCCGCCGAGCAAAACGAGUGCCGUCCCACAAAAACCGAUACAAGCGACAUGGCCAACGGAGAUCUCCACGUCCUGAUAGUUGAAGACAACCUCGUCAACCAACGUGUCCUCGCUAAGCAGUUGCGCAACACGGGCAUGCAAGUGGCCGUUGCGAACCACGGUGGAGAAGCGCUCGAGUAUCUGCGCACAACCAAUUACUGUGUCGCGGACGGCUCUGGUCAACCCCUUGCGCUCAUUCUCAUGGACUGGGAAAUGCCGGUCAUGGAUGGUCUGACAUGCGUCCGAACCAUUCGCGAGCUGCAGCGUGAAGGUGUCGUAAGAACACACGUGCCCGUCAUUGCCGUGACGGCUAAUGUGCGCAGUGAGCAAGUUGAGGUCGCGUUGAAAGCCGGCAUGGACAAUGUGAUAAGUAAGCCAUUUCGGAUACCCGAGCUAUGCGCCUGUAUCCAGAAGACGCUCAAGGCGACGUCGAGCGUGUAGGAGCCGUUUUGGCGAUACCAAGCACUUGGACUUGCCAAAGCAGAGCAUCUGGCCGUGUUUCGAAACUUGCUACUCUUCCCCAACAC